CAAUCAGAGGGCGCGUCGAGCCAGAGGAGGAAAAAAAGAAAAAAAAAAGAAAGGCGUUUCAUUUUGGGAUGCUGCGAGCGUGCGCGCGCGCUACACCGACCCCCUGCGCGAGGAGGAAUUGAUCCAAAAAAAAGGGGAAGAAAGAAAGAAAGAAAGGGAAAUGGUCGCGUGAGCAAUCAAACCCCCUUGAUCGAGUGAAGUACCGAUGGAUGCGAUCCCGCAUCUACCAAACGGAAACGCAGAGAUCUACUAACGCGCUCCGGAUCCUAAAGCACAAUGUAACAUUUACCGGGGGGUAAAAAUCAGAAUCAGGGAUGGGUACCGGGACCACGCCUGCCCGAGAUCUGCGCAUAAACAGGUAUGUUACCUGUAGACCUCCUGGGUUUAAGGAUCACCAGUGCAUGCAGUGGAAGGAUCCUGCGAUGGCAUGAUCACCUGGAGGAUCCACGGAUGACAUACAGCACGGCCGCAUCUCUCCUCAUUCAGACUAUAAACCAAACCGGUUUCUAAACUGGAUUUCAUCUAGUUUGGGAUCAGGGGGGGAUUAUUUUUAUUGCAUUGGAUCUCCAGACAAAGAGUGUCAACCUCCAAGAAUAGAUUGGAUGUAAGGACGAGGAGGAAACACCGUUAUGGCCUCUCUUCGCUUGCAAGGACUGGAGCAGCUCCCUGAGAACGGCAGUGUUUCACGGAUUUCGGAACCCCAGGUCCCCCCGAAGCUUCUGUCUCAGGUGGACACCGCCGUGCUGCCCUUCCUUGGAGGCUUCGGUCGCUUCCAGAAGCGGCUGGUGGCUCUGACCUGGCUGCCAGCGUUGCUCAUCGCAUUCGGCCAGUUCUCGGAUUCGUUCCUCCUCGCGCAGCCCGAGAGCGUGUGCGAUCAGACAGGGAACGCGAGCAGCGGCGCGGGCGCGAGCGUGAGCGCGAGCUCCUGGCCGCCGGGUCUGCUCGUGAACGCGACACGCGCCGAGAGCGCCAGCGCGCGGUGCAAAUGCGCCGAACCGAGAUUCGAGCUCCAGCUAGGACUGCAGCAGAAUGUGGUCACCAAGUGGCAGCUGGUGUGUGAUGAUGAAUGGAAAGUCCACAUUGCCAAGUUCUCAUUGUUGGUGGGCUCCAUAUUUGGUUACCUGUUGAUGGGGGCUAUGGCGGACUGGAUAGGUCGUAUUCCGGUGCUGCUUGUGUCGGUGUUGUCUGUGCUCGUGUUUGGCUUGUGUGUGGCCUUCUCUGUGGACAUGGCCAUGUUUAGUACUCUACGCUUCUUUCAGGGCUUUUGCCUUGCUUCGAUCAGAGUCUCCCUCUAUGUGCUGAGGAUUGAGCUGUGUUUGCCUGGUUGGCGCUUCUCCAUGACGAUGGUUGCCAGUCUGGUGGUUGUGGGCGGACAGCUGCUGAUGCCGGGUUUGGCAGCCCUGUGCCGCGACUGGCAGAUUCUUCAGGUCCUUAUCAUCGUCCCGUUUAUCCUAAUGCUUCCUUACAUUUGGGUUUUUCCCGAGUCGCUGCGCUGGUUGUUGGCCACGCAGCAUUAUCACAGAGCGAAAAGGCAAAUGUACUCCAUCGCUCGAAGUAACAAAGUGGACACUGCAACUGACCCUAAUGGGAUUCUCUCAGAGCUGGAGCGUGAGCUGCAGCAGAAGCCCAGGACCUCCUGCAUCACACAGCUGAGAAGCACACGAAACCUGUGGAAGAGCACGGUAGUGCUCUGUGUCAACUCGUUGACUGGUUAUGGGAUCCACCACUGUUUUGCACGCAGUGUUUUGGAGGGCAGCACCUCUCACCUGCACUAUUACGCUCUGGCAGGCAUCGCCAUGGCCUCGUGUUUGGUGCUUUGUCCGGUGGUGACCGCGUUCGGCAGACGAGGCGGCCUCCUCACCUUUAUGAUCAUCACAGCGCUGGCUUCCUUACUGCAGCUCGGCCUACUCAGCUUAAUCGGAAAGUACAGUCUUCGGCACAAUGUAGUUCUCAGGGACACGCUAAACCAGCGGUUCUCGGUGGCGUUUUCCAUCAUCGGGAUGUUCUCUUCUCACGCCGUCAGCACCCUGAGCAUUUUCUACUGCACGGAGAUCACGCCUACAGUCAUCAGGGGUGGAGGUGUAGGUCUGGUCCUGGCUAGCGCAGGGUUCGGCAUGCUAACAGCUCCCCUGAUGGAACUCCACAACCAAAAAGGCUUCUUCCUUCACCACGUCAUCCUCACCUGCUGCACCCUCCUAUGCAUCAUUUGCAUUCCCUUGCUUCCCGAGACCACCGGCCAACCCCUGCCUGAAUCUCUGGCGGAAGGGGAGGGGCUUUUACGCAGGCCCCUCCUCCCCGGAGAGCAGCACCACCUUCUGGCCAGGCAAGAGGUCCGGGAGUACUCUCGCGUCCAGGACACGCCUCUUCGUCAGAUCGCCAAUCCCGGUAACAGCACCGCAGCUAGCGGCAGCACAGCGAACGGAGUGAGGACUUGACCGCGCUCUUAUGCGCGGCAGAAACCCGAAUCCCAGCCCAGGCCAUAUGAAGAACAGAGCGAUGAUCUGAUUUCGGCCCACGAGCACAGAGACGCAUCAUGAGGUUGCAGCCACUACAAUUUCCAAGUGCAUUUCAACCAGUGAAUGAUGUCCAAACUAACGAAUACUCAUAACGUGUCAAACCUCUUCAUCCUGAAGAUACGGGAGGGGGGGAAGGAUGUGGUAGAGUGGUGUGAAAAACAAAUGAGGGGAAAUCUAUUUUUCAAACGACCACUAAUGAAUUUCAGGCUGAUGUCGGCAAAAAAAACGGUCCAAUCGCCUCACAGUUUUUAGCUUUUCUAUAGUUUUGUACUACAUCCAAAAAAAGAAAAAGAAAGAAACAAUCAUCUUAAUUUGUAAUGCACGUGUGUAGUCUCAUGCAUGUGUGUAUGUGUGUGUGGGAAAAAGUAUGCGAAACGUGACCUGAUUAUGGAUUAUGAUGGCUGGGGGGAAAAUAUACAGCCUGAAUCUAUAACUAGUUGAAAACAUCCUGGUGAUAAGAUCCAUAAGACACCAUUAGUGUCAACUCCAUCCAAUCUUAGUAUCCGGGUGUUUUAGUGGGCAGGUUUAUAACACGUGCAAGUGUGUGUGUGUGUGUGUGUGUGUGUGUGGAUAUCUUACAGUUUUACACCAGAACAGUCGCCAUUUUCUUUCAGGAAUAUAAAAAAACAAGCAGGGCAGAGCACAAAGUAAAGGCUGCUCAGUAUUUCCUGUAGAUAUUUUUGGCCAGUAAAUUAUUUGUGCCUCACCUUUUUUUAAUUUUUUCCUUUCUUUUUUUCUCGUCCCUGAAUUUGAAAUGGUUUCUCUGAGAUGGAGUUUGUUGAUGGCACAAAAUAUGCAAAAAUAAAUAAAUAAAUAAAUGUUUUGUGAUCAA